AAAAUUCUUCAUUUAAAAUUAAAAGAGAAAAUGUCACAAAUAAAUACGACAGAUAAACCCCCACCUUCUUCGCCUCUUAUUAAACCUCAACAAUCACCUUCACCUACCCCUAGUGGCAAAAAUAUUAAACGUUUUCGAGCUGCCCAUGCAAGUUUUCGUCUUCGAAUGCUUCAUGAACAAAAUGCUCCAGUAAGGAAAAUAGAACCGGUUUGUUUUGAAGUUUAUAUUUUUUUUAAUUAA